CCCCACUCUCUCUCUCUCCGGCCUCUUCGAUAAAUUCCUCAGAACUAAAACGGUAACCAGAAGGAGUGAGUUCUCAGCAGAAACCCUAACCAGAAAUCAAACAUGGUGAAGAUAAUCAACAAUAAGAACUCACCAUUAUUCCAGCUGAUCAUAUCCAUUUUGUUUACGGUUACCUGCAUCAUCACCACCACUACUCAGCCGGAGGUUUUCCAGGAAUCCACCGACGAUGAUUAUUUUUCGUACCUGAGAUCGGCGUUUUCUGCGCUGAUCGCGCCGGCGAUGAGGUCAAGCAACCGCUCCACGAAUCAUCUGGUGUCCUCCGGUCUGCAGGAAGCUGAUUCCGGCGCCGGCGGAUGGAGCAGAGAUCAAGCUGAGGAAAUCUGGAAGAUCGCGACGGAACCGGAGAACGUGCGGUGGAUAAAAUCCGUCCGGCGGCGGAUACACGAGAAUCCGGAGCUGGCGUUCGAGGAGCACGAGACGAGCAGGAUUAUCCGCCGGAAAUUGGACGAGCUUGACGUCAAUUAUCUCUUCCCGCUCGCGACGACCGGAAUCAGAGCGACGAUCGGUACCGGAAAACCUCCGUUCGUCGCCAUUAGAGCCGAUAUGGACGCUCUUCCGAUUCAGGAAGCGGUGGAAUGGGAGCACAAGAGCAGGAACACCGGGAAGAUGCACGCCUGCGGGCACGACGCCCAUGUGGCUAUGCUCCUCGGCGCCGCACAGAUCCUGAAAGCCCGAGAACACCAUUUGAAGGGUACAGUAGUGCUUCUUUUCCAGCCCGCCGAGGAAGCCGGGAAUGGCGCGAAGCGGAUGAUCGAAGACGGGGCGAUUCAAGACGUCGAAGCUAUAUACGCAGUGCACGUUUCGCACUUACUUCCUACCGGCGUGAUUGGAUCGAGGCCCGGUCCUUUGCUCGCGGGAUGUGGCUUCUUCAAAGCUGUAAUUACCGGCGAACUCUCCGGGAACACUCAGCGCGGUGACCCCGUUUUGGCUGCCUCGGCAGCAGUGAUCAGUUUACAGGGAAUCGUAUCGCGGGAGUCCAAUCCUUUGGACUCUCAGGUACUUUCGGUAACUUUCUUGAACAGCGAAGAUGGUCUGGAUUCGACGCCGAGGAGGGUCGAAUUCGGUGGCACGUUGAGGGCUUUCUCGAGCUCGAGCUUCUACCAACUCCUCAACCGAAUCGAAGAGGUGAUCGUCGCGCAAGCUAAGGUAUACAAAUGCUCGGCAACCGUCGACUCCUUUAGAGAUAAGGACACGAUAUAUCCGCCAACAGUGAACGACGCCGGGGCUUACCAACACAUGAAGAAGGCUGUCGUCGAUUUGGGAGGCGACGCGAAUUUUGAGGUGAUCCAACCGUUGAUGGGAUCGGAGGACUUCUCGUUCUACUCAGAAGUGAUCCCGUCAACGUUCUUCUUCAUAGGAAUCAAGAACGAAAAGCUCGGGUCCGUUCACUCACCUCAUUCUCCUCACUUCACCAUCGACGAAGACGCCCUCCCUGCAGGCGCUGCAACACAUGCUGCGAUUGCCGAGAGAUAUCUACACGAGCGCCAAUUAUCUACGCCACUCGACACAAUUCGUCAAGACUGAAACAAUGCACAGCUGAAUUUUCACGAAACAUAGUAAAACAGGUAAUCAGAAAAGAGGGUUACAAGUUCUAUCCCCUUUCUGAGCCGGCAUUAGAAACAUCGGAAGCUCGAUUUUUUUGUUCUUUUUGGGGCCGGGGGGGUUCAUGUUGAUAUACAUAAUAGACCACGAAAAUCGGUAGUUUUCGAGUCGAAAGCCAUACUGUAGCUUCAAUGUAAGUAUUCUACUAUUCAUUUGUUUCUA